CGGUGAGACUCUCCAGCCGCGCCUGCCUUUGCCUGCCGGGGCGCGCAGCAUUCUCGCUUGCCCCCCUCGCUUGCCCCAGUUGGCUUCCCCGCGCCUUUCCUCGACGGGACGAUGUCGUCUUCCGCCCCAAAGGCGGAGAGGAGAGCGUGGAGCUUGGGGCGCCUGUCCCUUCCAUCCAGGAAAGGCAGCCUGAAGCCGUCCGCCCUUGAGCUAGCCGAGAACGCCCCCAACGCCAACUACGCGCCGUUUUCCGCCUCCGCAGGACCCCAGGGGACGAAGCAGCCGCCGAGCAGCGGCGAAGUGGCAGAGGCGGCCACGGUAGUGAUGAGCGCCGAUUUCCCGCGCCCGCCGAUCAGCUUAGACCCGCGCGUCUCCAUCUACAGCGUCCGCAGACCUCUGCUCAGCCGCAGCAACAUCCAAGGCCGGGUCUACAACUUCUUGGAGAGACCCACCGGCUGGAAGUGCUUCGUCUAUCACUUCACUGUUUUCCUCAUAGUGCUGAUCUGCCUUAUAUUCAGUGUGCUUUCCACGAUUGAUCAAUAUGCAACUCUGGCCACAGGGACAUUAUUUUGGAUGGAAAUUGUAUUAGUGGUAUUUUUUGGAACUGAGUAUGUGGUUCGAUUGUGGUCUUCAGGAUGCCGCAGUAAAUAUGUUGGUUUCUGGGGAAGGCUUCGUUUUGCUAGAAAGCCCAUUUCUAUCAUUGAUCUUAUUGUAGUUGUCGCCUCCAUGAUUGUACUUUGUGUUGGUUCCAAAGGUCAAGUUUUUGCAACCUCUGCUAUCAGAGGCAUCCGGUUUCUGCAGAUUCUGCGCAUGCUUCAUGUAGAUCGACAGGGUGGCACAUGGAGACUGUUGGGAUCAGUAGUGUUUAUACAUAGACAGGAAUUAAUAACUACCCUGUACAUUGGGUUUCUGGGCUUGAUUUUUUCUUCAUAUUUUGUGUAUUUGGCUGAAAAAGAUGCUGUGAAUGACUCAGGCGAGCAUGAAUUUAGCAGCUAUGCUGAUGCACUUUGGUGGGGAGUGGUGACUGUUACAACCAUUGGUUAUGGAGACAAGGUGCCUCAAACAUGGAUAGGAAAAACCAUUGCAUCUUGCUUUUCUGUAUUUGCAAUAUCAUUUUUUGCCCUGCCUGCAGGAAUCCUUGGUUCUGGAUUUGCUCUGAAGGUACAGCAGAAACAAAGGCAAAAGCAUUUCAACCGACAAAUUCCAGCAGCUGCUUCUCUUAUUCAGACGGCCUGGAGGUGCUAUGCAUCAGAAAACCCAGAUUCUUCCACGUGGAAAAUAUACAUUAAAAAACCUUCCAGAAGUUAUCACUUGAUGUCUCCUAGUCCCAAGCCAAAGAAAACAGGGAUGGUGUCGGUAAAAAAGAGGAAAACUAAAGCAGAAAAGGAUAAUGGAUCACUUUCUCCUGAUAAGACUUUACCUGUUCCACAAAUCACAUUUGACCAUGUGUUGGAGGAUAGGAAAUCUGAUAUCUUUCAUUUGGAUCCCUAUGAAAAUUCUGACCGACAACAUUCCUGGCCAUCCUUUUCUACAGAGCAACCAUCUCCUAGUUCUCCCCCAACUCCAGUUAAAAGGAACUCUCCAUUUUUAGAGGCACAUACAAGACCAUUCAUUAGAACAAACAGCUUUGCUGAUGAACUUGACCUGGAGGGUGAGACAUUGCUGACUCCAAUAACUCACAUCUCACAUUUGAAAGAACAUCACCGUUCUGCCAUUAAAGUGAUACGCCGCAUGCAGUAUUUUGUGGCAAAGAAGAAAUUUCAGCAAGCAAGAAAGCCAUAUGAUGUACGUGAUGUUAUAGAACAAUAUUCUCAGGGUCACCUCAACUUAAUGGUCCGAAUAAAAGAGCUUCAAAGAAGAUUGGACCAAUCUAUAGGGAAGCCAUCACUAUUUAUUUCUGUCUCAGAAAAAAAUAAAGACCGAGGGAAUAAUACAGUUGGUGCCCGGCUGAACAGAGUCGAAGACAAGGUAGUCCAAAUAGACCAGAAGCUGAAUCUCAUCACAGACUUGCUGCACCGCCUGCUUUCCAGCCAGCAAGGAAGCCAAGGCAGCUCCAAAGCGCCUCCUAGGAAUGACGUCAGCUCUAACCUCCUUUCCACCAGCGCACUCCCAACCUAUGAACAACUGACAGUUCCAACAGCACUGCAUGAUGAUGGUUCCUGAUGUGGCAGAGACCUGUUCCCUUUCAUUAAAUUGACACUCCAUAUUAUGAAUCUUGAUGGGGGCUGGGGAGAAAUUUAAGCUCAUAAUCAGCCAUACAAGCAUGAAACUUUACUAUUAGGCUAAUUUUACAAUCCUCAUAUAUGUUCUUCCAAAGAAAAUGAUUCAGACAACUACCAAACCUUAAAACCUAUACUGUGUUGUUAUUCCUUAUUCAUGUGAUGCAUUCAUAAGCUCUAAUUUCUUUCCUUGGUGUAAAUAAUUCUGCUACAAUCUAUCACAAUACUGAAAGACUAAAAGAGUAAUUGAUCCUAAUAUUAGCAAAAAGACAAUCAGCGUAUGUGCCCGGGUUAUGGUGCUGCUGCUACAGACAUCAUUCUGAGGUCUUGCACAACCAAACAUGAUUGAAAUGGACUGAAAACUCUACAACAACUUUGCUUGGCUGAGUGCAUCCCGGGGCCCUUCAGUAAGAAUGAUACUUGAACUUAGUGAUGUGCGGAUUCUGUUUAUGACUCUGCUGGUAGUGAUAUAGUUUUACUCAUUAGAUUCUAAAAGAGAAUGUAUAUAAAUUGCCAUUCUACAGAAUAGCAGGAGCAUACACUGAAUAAUUUUUCUCCCACCCUCCAUUUUCAUCGUUUAUUCUACACAAUAUUGCAAGAACUACCACAUUUAAAACAAAAAUCUUCAGGGAAGAAUUCGUGCUUUAAUCUAAAACCAUAUUGUUUGUAAAGAAAGAUAAUACAGAUUUCUUUUGUAUAAUAUUGUAAUGCAAUCGGGACAUUGAAAUGUUGAAAAGGAACUUUAAAAAAAAAAGCAAUUAUAUUGCUGCCAAAUAAUUUAUAUUCCAUAGUAUUUAUUACUAUCCUGGGUGUAUUUGUCAGAAAGAGCUUUCAAAAUUCAUAGCCUUGUGUAUUGAAAUAGAUUUAGUUUAUUUCUCAGUGUACUGUAAUGUGCACAGGUCUAGAAUAAGUGGAUCUUGUUGAUCGGGAGCUUGAAAGUGAUGCUUUGGGGCAAUACAGCAGUACAUUUGAACAUUAUGCAAAUGUACUGCCGAGUCAGAUGCACAUUCACUUCUUUCUUUGGCUGGCACACUAUUACAGAAUGUCCAACAGUAAUGUGUAAAUCUUGUUCAUGUUAAGAUACACAAGCUCCUCAGUUUGUUUGGUUACUGCAAAGACGUUCUACUCACUGAAUGUGGAAGUGGCUCUGCACUCAUCUGUUUGAGGUUCUCUGUUACGUCCAAGCUGUGAAAUGAAUGGGAAGCAGGCAUAUUUUAUUUUUCUGCAAAUCCUGCUCUGUUAAUACAACAAUUGGCUCUUUUGUAGAAAAAAUCCCCAUAUGCAGGAUGACAACAAGAGCUGUCCAUGUCCUUUAUGCAGAGCAGAUGCUGCAAUUUAGCUCUGUGAAAAUCUCAUUGGAUAUUUAUUUUCUUUUUAAAUCAGGUUUCUUGCUUCCUUGGGAAAUGAAACUCAAACUGUAUGACCAGAUAGCAUCAGGAUCAUAGAUGGGUUGUUCAUAUUGCCUCUCUUCAUCUCAGGCAUCAGUUGGCUCUCAUAUUCAGCUAUGAAUCACCAAGCACUAACUAAUCUGUCUGUGAGCAUGCAUGAAUCUACUGGGAUUCAAAGAUCAACAGAAACUGGAGAAAGGGGGGCUUUCUAAUGCAUGGGGAGGGGAAGCAAAACUGUAUGAACUGAAACUGAAUUCUACAAACAUCCAUAUCUAAGUCUGGGUUUGGAGUUUCUAUAAGGAAAAUGUUUCUCUCAUCACAUAAAUGUAGUCUUAAAUACAGGGCUCCAUGUUUUGGUGCAUAGGGAUUUGAUCCAACCAAGUGAGCGGCAGUUAAAACCGGAUAUUGUCCUAAAGUCCAGAUGGAAAGUGAAAGAUCCCCCUGCUACUCAUGUCACAUAGUCUCUCUUACCUCUAAAAAUAGCAUAAUGGAAUAUAAUGGUUGGGAGGGGCCUUUUGCUCUCUUCCAAAGCUGCCUAUCUUGCACGCUAGAUGUUAUUGCUGAAGAAGCAAGGUGUGUAUAACUGGCUAGAAACUAUAGUCAAAAGCUACAAGCGUGAAAAAAAAAUAGGAAUGGCUGCAAAAAUCUGGAUGGCCACUAAGCAGCAGAAAGGCAAACACAAUUCUAACUCUUUAUAGCCUCUAGUUUUCUGUCUGGAAGUUUGCAGCCCAGAUAUCAUCACUAUAGAUGCCCUGUUCUAUUGGCAAUCCUUUAUCUACCAGCCUUCCCUUGAUGACAGAUGAUCCAGAUCCUGGUUCAGAAAUCUACUUUUUACAUGAUACUUCAAUGUAUUACUGAAGAAC